UUUGACGCGGGGCUGCGGGCGCGAGCGGAGGGACGGGCAUCGGCUCUAAGGCUUCGGGGUGCGGCGUGGAGGCGCCCCGCGGGAUCGUGGCCACCUCCCCUCGCCCUCCUCCUCCUGCUUCCUCUUCUCCAAAUGAGCAACGCCUCGCCCGCUGGACCUCAAGCACGGAGCUCACCCGGCAGCGGAGCCGACAACACAAGCGUCAGCCCUCGCCCUGUGCCGCUCUCCUCCUCCUCCUCCUCCCCGCCCGCGUUCCUCCUGCUCCUGCCCCCCGGGGACCCUUUCCGCCAAGCCCAGCGGCUGCCCAUCCGGGUGCUGAAGAUGCUGAGCGCCCACGGAGGACACCUCCUGCACCCGGAGUACCUGCAGCCCCUCUCCUCCGCCCCCGUCAGCCCCAUCGAGCUGGACGCCAAGAAGAGCCCCCUGGCGCUGCUGGCACAGACCUGCUCGCAGAUCGGAAAGCCGGACCCCCCUCCCCCAAAGGCUAGUGGUGGCGCUUCCUCUUCGGUGCCGGAAAAGGAGUCCUGCGGACGCUCCUCCGGAGGAAAGCCUGUGCCCGAGCCGCCCGUCGAAGACAAGUCCAGCUUCAAGCCUUAUGCUAAAGGAGGUGGUGGUGGUGGUGGAGGAGGAGGCGGCGGUGGGGAUCCACGCAAGGAGGUCUCUGGGGGUCCUGAGAAGAGUGGCUUCCGCCUUCCUGCCGGUGCUACCUGCCCGAACUUCCCGUCGCCUCAAGGUCUUGCUGCCUCUCCUGGAGGCUCUCGAGGCAGCUCUCCGCAACAGCAACAGCAGCAGCCGACGGAAAACAAAGCCGCCGAAGAGAGGAAGGAGGCCGAAGUGGCAGCCAAGGCCAGCCCUGAUGGGGGACAGGGCAACGAGGGCAACGACAACAUCUCUGGGCGCAAGUCGGAGCCCCCUGCACCCCCCUCGCUGGGAGGAGGAGGCACAGGAGGAGGUGGAGGGCAUGUGGCCCCAGUUUCCCCCUACAAGACGGGCCACUCGGUCUUCCCACUGCCCCCCUCCAGCCUGGGAUACCAUGGUUCUGUAGUAGGGGCCUAUGCUGGGUAUCCGUCCCAGUUUGUGCCCGCCUUGGACCCUUCCAAGGUGAGCGGGGCGCUGGGACUGCCGGGGAAGCCGCCCAGCUCCAGCCCCUUGACGGGAGCCUCGCCACCCUCUUUCCUGCAGGGUCUGUGCCGGGAUCCCUACUGCUUGGGCUACCACAGCGCCUCCCCGUUGGGCGCCAACUGCUCCAGCUGCCUGCACGACCCUUCGGGCCCUCUCAAGAGCAGCUACCCUUUGGUCUACCCCGGGCACCCGCUCCAUGGUGCCCUCUCCUCCAGCGCCAGCCCCAGCUUGCCGAGCCACCCGCUCUACACCUACGGCUUCAUGAUCCAGAACGAGGCCCUCAGCCACAUAUGCAACUGGGUCUCGGCCAGCGGGCCGUGCGACAAGCGCUUCGCCUCCUCCGAGGAGUUGCUGGCCCACUUACGGACCCACACCGCUCUGCCCGGGGCAGAGAAACUCUUAGCGGGCUACUCUACCUCCGCCUUGGGCUCCUCGUGCCACCUUCACCUUCCACCCACCGCCCCAGGCAGCCCUGGCUCUUUGCCCGGCUCCCUGUCCUUGAGGAGCCCACACACCUUGGGACUCAGCCGGUACCAUCCUUACGGCAAGAGCCAUUUGCCAGCCUCUGGGGCACUGCCGGUGCCCUCUUUGCCCGUCACCGCCGCCGGACCCUACUACUCUCCGUAUGCCCUUUAUGGCCAAAGACUCACCUCAGCCUCUGCCCUUGGAUACCAGUAACUCCAGCCCCACUCCUCCCCAUCGCCUCUCCCUUAGUUCUGUCCCGUACCCAGACUUUGUAUUUAUUGACUGUAUGUUUUAGCUUAAAGGAGAAAAAAAGCUGGGAAUAUAAGUGCAUUAAUACACCAAUGAAUCCAUAGUAUGCAAAAAAAACAAAAACAAAAGUCUGUCCAAACAAAUGAACAAAAUA